CCAUCUCACACUCGCCCACUCCCCCGAAAUUUUGAAUUCCCCCUCUUCCCCAGCCCCGCUCCGCCCCAAAAAUCCCACCACGCCUCGCCGCCGGACGGCAGAGAUUCCGAAAUCUCCCCGCCAGCCGCCACCGCCGCCCCGCCCGCCAUGUCGUCGCGGGCGGACAAGGAGAAGGCGGUGAACGUCCAGGUGCUCCUCCGCUGCAGGCCGUUCAGCGACGACGAGCUCAGGAGCAACGCGCCGCAGGUGGUCACCUGCAACGACUACCAGCGGGAGGUCGCCGUCACGCAGACCAUCGCCUCAAAGCAGAUCGACAGGGUCUUCACCUUCGACAAGGUUUUCGGGCCAACAGCUAGGCAGAGGGACCUGUACGAUCAAGCAAUCAUUCCCAUCGUGAACGAGGUGUUGGAAGGGUUCAACUGCACCAUCUUCGCCUACGGCCAGACGGGCACGGGGAAGACUUACACCAUGGAAGGAGAGUGCCGGAGAGCCAAGAGUGGACCGGACGGGCAGUUACCUCCAGAUGCUGGGGUCAUCCCUCGAGCUGUCAAGCAGAUAUUUGAUACGCUAGAGAGGCAGAACACCGAGUACAGCGUCAAGGUCACGUUUUUGGAGCUGUACAACGAGGAGAUCACAGAUCUUCUUGCGCCAGAGGAGAUAUCCAAGGUUGCUCUGGAAGAACGGCAGAAGAAAGCGUUGCCUCUUAUGGAGGACGGGAAAGGCGGGGUGCUGGUGAGAGGCUUGGAGGAGGAAAUAGUCACUAACUGUAAUGAAAUAUUCUCUCUUCUGGAAAGAGGAUCUGCCAAGCGCCGCACGGCAGAGACUCUUUUGAACAAGCAAUCGAGUCGUUCACACUCACUUUUCUCAAUCACAAUUCAUAUAAAAGAGGCAACCCCUGAAGGAGAAGAAUUGAUAAAAUGUGGCAAGUUAAAUCUGGUCGAUCUGGCUGGGUCCGAGAACAUCUCUCGUUCUGGAGCUAGGGAGGGCCGAGCGAGAGAGGCUGGUGAAAUAAACAAAAGUUUGCUUACCUUAGGCCGUGUCAUUACAGCGUUGGUUGAGCACCUUGGCCAUGUUCCAUACAGAGAUAGUAAACUCACAAGGUUGCUUCGUGAUUCACUGGGAGGGAGAACAAAGACUUGCAUUAUUGCUACUGUUUCGCCUUCUGUACAUUGUCUUGAGGAGACAUUGAGUACAUUGGAUUACGCACACCGGGCAAAGAGCAUAAAAAACAGACCUGAGGUUAACCAAAAAAUGAUGAAAUCAACGUUAAUCAAAGAUCUAUAUGGAGAAAUAGACCGACUUAAAGCAGAGGUCUAUGCUGCACGCGAAAAGGUUGGGGUAUAUAUUCCAAAGGACAGAUACCAGGCUGAGGAGAAUGAGAGGAAGGGCAUGGCUGAUCAAAUUGAGCAGAUGACUGUCUCUUUGGAAACAAAUCAAAAGCAAAUCAGUGACCUGCAAGAAAAGUACGACUCCGAGCUCCACCAUUCUGCUGAUUUGAGAAAAAAGCUCGAAGCCACGGAGAAAUGCCUGGACCAUACAAGCAACCUACUUUCAACGACAAAAGAGGACCUGAAACAUGCCCAUUAUAAUCUGAAGGAGAAAGAGUUCAUUAUCUCUGAGCAGAAAAAAGCAGAAAAUGCUUUAACACAUCAAGCCUGUGUUCUAAGAUCAGAACUGGAAAAGUCUAGCCGUGAUAAUGCUUCGUUGCAUACAAAAAUAGCCAGAGGAGAUAAACUUAGUGCUGCAAAUAGGUCGGUGGUGAACUCGUUUCAAGCCGACCUUGCUUCAAAGUUGGAUAUUCUAUCCAGUACACUCACUGCAUCAAUAGAUCAACAAAACAAACACCUAAAAGCUGUGGAAGACCUAUGCCAAUCCUGUGUUGAUUCCCAUGACACGGCUACCUCGGAGAUAAAGAAGAAGGUUUUAGCUUCAAAGUCAUUGUAUAUGUCGCAUAUGGAAGCUUUUCAAAAUAUCGUGCUCCUACACAAAGCAAACACAGAUUCCACGUUGGAGGAUGUAUCAUCUCUUUCUGCAGCAAGCUGUUGCAGUCUUGACCAGCUUCUAGCUUGUGUCGAGGGAGAGGCAUUGAAGAUAUUUACAGAUAUCCAGAAUUUAUUAGCCGACCAUCGAAGUGAACUGGCGCACUUCACUAAGGAAUUACGAGAUAGUUUCUGCAUCAGCUUGGAUAGGACGAAGGACAUGUCCAGCUUCAUUCUUGGGCUCUUUGAAAAGUACGUGGAGGAAACUUCCAAGUUGCAGAAUCACACAAAUCACACCCAUGAAGCACAGGUCAAAAGCCUUGAAGAAUUUCAGAAGGCUUAUGAGGAGCAAUCAAAAUCCGAGGAACAAAGGCUUCUGGCGGAUAUCACCAGUUUGGUGUCUAAACACAUCGUUCGACAAAGAGAGCUGGUGGAUGUUAGAUUAAACUCUCUUGGUGAUGCUGCUCGUGGAAACAAGACAUUUUUGGAUGAACACACGUCUGCUAUGGAGGGUGUCACCAAGGAUGCCAAGAGAAAGUGGGAGAUGUUCGCAGAGCAAGCGGAGAAUGACUGCAAAGUUGGCUCCAGCUUCUCUUCGGCUAAGCAUUGCCGCAUGGAAACAAUUAUGCAGGAGUGCGCAUGCACAGUUGACUCUGCUGCCCAACAAUGGAAGAAAUCCCAUGCAGCAGUUAACGAUUUGUGCACAAAACAAGUGGCUGAAGUUGAAGCACUUGUCAGGGGCGCAAUCGAAAACAACAAGCAACACGAGGAGGAGAUUGCAUCAUCACGCGCCUUGGCUGAAGAGCAAGCAUCAAACAGUAGCAAAGAGAUACUCCAAGACAUUGACAAUCUACUGGACCAGGCACGGGAUUCAUCGUCGAAAGUGGUGUCGACGGUGGAAGCACAUCUGGUAGAGAUAGAGCAUCUGCAGGAGAACCACUCCGGCCAGGCUGCAGGCGUGAACUCACAUGCCGAGAAGGCUUUCCAAAGCAGCUACAGGGACUACGAGCCGACUGGCGAAACUCCCAUGCGAUCUGAGCCAGAAGUGCCGAGCAAAGGCGCGAUAGAGUCGCUGCGAGCGAUGCCGAUCGAGUCCCUGAUGGAUGAGUUCCGCGAGAACCACCCCUAUGAAUCGAACAAGGAGCCCAAGCCGUCGCUCAUCCCUCGCUCGCCGCUUGCGACGAUCAACUGAGACGAUGGAAGAAUAUACGCUUCUGUGUGCAGUGUAAUCUUAUUAUUGUUAUUAGGACAUCAAAUGUCUGGCUUUGAUGUCCUUGUUGUGCUAGGGUUCAGUGGGCUGCGAGCUAUCUUAGCUUCACCCAUCUAUCUUUCCCUUUCCUGUUAGUUGAAUGUAUCAUUUUGUAGUGUGAAUGUUGUGGAGCAACAAAUAUUCUUGUGAAACAAUUCUAUGAGGAAACAUCGCAGUGUAACUGGGAUUUUGCAUUGCAUUUUAUUUCA